UUGUGAAGGUUUUCAAACCUGUUAGGAGAUUGAUGCGAAUUUCGAAGUAUAAACAAAACGUUUGUUUAUGGGUUAAGGAGGGAGACAAGAUUAGUAUUCUGUCGUACCGUAAUUGUGUUUUCAUAUUUACUGUAGAUAAGAUACAAUUGUUCCGGGUAUUAAUGGGUUGAAAACUGUAAUGCGUGAAAUAGGUUGUAACUUAGUACCCAGCUGUCAUGGUUGUGUGUGUGAAUUUGAGAGGUACUCAUUUUAUGUCUAUUGCUACAAUUUAAUUAAGAUCCAUAAACUUCAUGCAGAAGUUCAGAUGACUGUUAAGUUUUGGGGAAAAAAACUCCUAGAUAGUAUUGAAACAUGGAGAAUAUUUUUGAAGAUAUUACGCUACCAAGAAUAGUGAAAUGGAUUUCUGCAGCUGCUAUGAUAUUCGGUGGCAUCAUUCCAUACAUCCCCCAGUAUCGUGAAAUUAAAAGAACAGAGAAUGCUGAAGGAUUUUCGUUGUUUGUUUGCCUUGCCCUUCUCAUCGCAAAUACUUUGAGGAUUUUAUUUUGGUUUGGCGAGCAGUACGAACUGCCACUGCUCAUCCAGAGUUUUCUUAUGAACGUCACGAUGUUCGCCAUGAUCCAUCUCUGCGUCGGUGUUCGCAACAGGACCCAGAUUAUUCGAGGGAGAGACCGCGUGUUCACAGCAGAGCACAUGAGGACAGACAGUGUUGACGGUGUCACGUUACACCUCAGGAGUAAUAAAGAAACGUAUUCUCCAGGACACGUCUUCACUGAUUUCGACAAGCGCUACUUCUGGGCUUGGACGGACUUCAUGUCGUACGUAGACUUCAUGUUGCUGUUCGCCAUCUUCUCCUCUGUGAUAAUGUACCUGUUCAUCGAAAACAACCUGUUUGUUCAAACCGUCGGCUUCCUGGCGGUGUUGACGGAAGCCUUGCUCGGCGCACCGCAACUCACGAGGAACUUCCGCAAGAAGUCCACGGAAGGCAUGAGUAUUAAAAUGGUGGUGAUGUGGACGCUGGGCGAUACGUUCAAGACCACGUACUUCAUCGUCAGCGAGGUGCCCAUGCAGUUCUGGCUGUGCGGCUGCCUGCAGAUCGGCAUCGAUGCUGUGAUCCUGUUCCAAGUCUACUUGUACCGACACAACACGGGCGCCCGCGUCAAGAAGCAGGACAUAGUCGACUGACCCGCUUGCCGCGUCCGGGCUCGUCCGCAAUCGAAACACAAGUGCAUCACGUGGCUCACUGAGUCGUCGGGGUCUUACCCUGUCCUCAUGACGUUAAUCUCUUUAAUAGUAUGUCUUUGCAUGACUGUUGCAAUGGGGAAUAUGGGUUUUAAUCGAUAUUUUGUAUUUAACGCAGUUGCUGGUUUUGCUCCGUAUGUCGUAGAGAAAACCCGAAGAGCGGACAAAGAAAUUUUAACACACAAAUACACAGAAAGAAAGCCACAAUCACCCAAUGUCAGAUUUUAAAUUUUUUAAACAUUACAGAGGAGUCAGUGGAAGGAAGUAUUCAGAAAAGUAUCACAGUACAAAUGAACACAGUGAAACUGUUUUUCUUGUAACUGUCUUUUAAUUGUUAGUCCACUGGUUUCUGUGUUGUGAUACUGUUCUGAAUGAUUCCUUCCACAGUUUUCUCUGUGCUGUCUAUAAUUUAACAUUUGGCGUCGCUGAUUUUGGCUUUUUUUUUCUGUGUGUUUGUGUAUUCAUCUUUCUUUGUCUGUUCUUCAGGUUUUCUCUAUGACAUACAGUGAAAGCCAGCAAUGGCAGGGGUCCAAAAUUAUCAUUUAAAUCUCUUUAUUGGUAACUUGAAAAACAUUGUUAGCUGGUGAUGUUAUUUCGAGGCUUGCGCAUGCGGGUGGAGCCUAGGCAAUACAUUAAGUUUUGGAAGGGUCUCUACGUACAAAUUAUAUUGCUUAAAAUAGUGUAUUAUUUGCAAGUGAUUGCAUUAGUAACACAGCUAUGAAUGAAAGGAUGAAAAACAAAUUUUACCUUCUUGUCUUAUUUUAAAGAGACAUUUUGAUGAGCCUUUGCCACUCAGUGUAGCAAAGAAUGUAUGAGAAAAAGAGGGAAGAGGGGAAGCGACAAUGAAAAGUAGUUGGUGAGAAAAAGAUACCAGUGUUAUGUGUUGGUUAUACUAAACCAAUGACUUGGGGAAACUGACGGACUGUACACACAGAGCCACUAUGCUUUCAUUUUUGUGAAAUUUAUUGGGCACACAACUUAACGGUAAACCAGUUCAUUCUCAAGAUUCCAAAAAAAGUGUCUGCCUUUAGGAAUUCAGCUGUGCUCCACACCUGUGAAUCAAAACAAAAUAAUAGUUAAUAAGACGUGUCUAUAAAGUGUAAAUUCUCUUCUAGAGCUGGCACAAAAAAAAUGAUGCUCGAGUCAAAGACUCAACUAUUAUUAAAGUCUCCUCCAUUUAAAUAUAUUACUCAAAAGAUGAGCACAGAAAAGACUUAAAAUAGACAGGCCUGCUGUUCCAGGGACGUUACAAUGUUAAUUUUAAAGUCUGAAGAAAAGUUAGAGUUCUCGCUAUAGUUCACCACUUCUGCUAAUGUUCGUGAAGCGGAACUCAUAUUCAGCAGCCUGUUAAGACCUUAAGAACCGGAUGUGUUCAUGGGCUAGUUAAAUAAACACUGAAGGGUGUGGUGCCACUGGGAUUUGCAUAUCUGCCUGAAUAAACACAGUGGCAUUUGUCUGGUAGGGUCCUUGCAUCUGUACUCGCCCCAGCAAGUACUCCUCCACCUCAGCUCCCAGGGAUGAUUGAACACCCUCGAUCCUCGUAGAGCUUCCUGCCUCAGAGCUUGCUUCUCACUCGACGGCUGCUGUCAAGUUGGGUCCUUCCCUCAGUUCGGCGAUCCACAAGCUAAGCUAGACUCUCAAUGAUCCGUUGUGUCCGUCCGCUAUCCAACCUUCCGUCGACAAGUCGAGCGAUUCACGGAGAUCCACACGUCCGUCAUAAUGUUUUUCUACUUGGAUGCCGCCAGCAACUUAUAUUUUUGGGGAAAUUUUAUCUUGUAAAGGUUUUCCAGUUGGAUGAUCAUGUACCCUAAACACUUAUAAAUGAUAAAACAAACUCUUAAAUAUUUAUUGAAAUAUAUUUUCUAGUUUUCAUAAAUUAUUAAUUACUUUUUGUCUCAGGUAGAUUUUGUUUCAAAUAACGAACUUAAAAAUUAUUCAUAAGCAAGUUAAAAACAUAAUAUGGAAGCAGCUUAGCAAAUAAACAAACUAAAAAAAAAGGGGGGGGGGGGGGGUUGUCUGCAAAGUCAGUUUAUGGACGAUAAUUUUACGUGAUAACGUCCUUUAUAAACCGUUGACAAACCAGUUCACGUGUAGGUUGUGUGCUGCCGCUGUCUCUCUUCUACUCGGAUGCUUCACUCGGAUGCGUCACACGUCGAUCGUGCCUCUCUAUCGCUUGUUCUGUGCUCUCACUUGCACGCUCGGCUCAGGCAAAACGUUACAAUGAGUCAUGCUUUUUCGUGCGUGCAGCCAGCGUUCAUCGAUUUAUAAGACGUUAUCACGUCAAAAAAAAAAAACUUUAAAAAGACAAAGCCUUUCAGAUAUUUUUGAGGUUAUAAUUUUGUCUGUCCAUCAAAAUUUAAAGCUUGACAAGGUUUUGACAGGCGGGUGUAAUUUUUUGAGGCAUCCGAUUGGCUAUAUGUCAUGUGAUUGACAGAGAUGUAUUAUUAUAUUAUGAGUCCAGCUUUACUUGUCAUGGGUUACUACUCACUGCUCGCUUGCAAUGGGUUGUUCCAUUUGAGAAGAAACCUCGUUUACGGGUAUCCUUGCCUCUCGUAUCGGCAGAACCGGAACUCGCUACCUUCAGUCUCUGACUUCAAUCAGAUUUUUCUGUCCAUCUGUUGCUCUGGUUCAGUUUAUUUAUUUUCUCUCAUGGCAAACUGGCUUUGCACCACCGGAUUAGCUGGAGGUGAGUUACUCUUCAUUCCAGCUUACUUACUCUGCAAACUUGCAUUGGUAAUUCUACUAGAUGGACUUCAACGCCUUCUCCUGGUUUCGCGCUGCCCAGUUCUUGUAUUUCAAAUUAAAGAGCUAGUGAACAAUGCGUUCUCGCUCUCUGCCCAGACCUUAGUACCUCAACUUGCCUGGCAUAGUCAUAUCUUCCAGCCCCAUGGUCGACGAAGACUUAUUCAUUUUCUCUGCUGAGUCCUAUAUAUUCUUCACUUCCGACAACUGCUGAUUCCUGAGCGUGUCUGUGUCCCACCUUGUGUGGAGUGCCUGUAUAUAUAUGCCCAUUCCUGCCUCUGACGUCAUUCCAUAUUUCUUGCUGCACAAUAACAGUGCACUGACGGGAGUCACAGCCACUCUUACACUAGGCGAGUUUUCUAAGUUUGUCAUAUACAUUCCUGAAACUAAUAAGGUAUAGCACCAAAUACAUAAUACUAAAACAUAUCAGUAUAAAAAUAAGAAAUUUUAACAGUAGUUCAUGUUUAAAAUGGCAAAAUCAGUUUACAAGAUAAAUGUUUUUAACAAUUUUUUUUUGUAACCUUUUAAUUUAUUUAGCUCUUUUGAUGAAUACAAUGAACUUACGCUAGAUUUAUCGCAUCAGUUAUAAAAUGCAUCAAAAAAAACAAUGAGCAGUCGUAAAAAGUGCUACCUCAUUUUUCCUAUAUGUAGACUCCCACCAACUUGCUAGUUGUAGGCCUUUUUUUUUUUUACUAUUUUUUUUAUUGACUUAUUUUAUGACAUAAUUUUUGGUGAGAGAGCUUUAGUUAGGGUCAAGAUUAUACGAUGAAUUGUGAUAAAACCGAAGAAAAACAACAAAGCAUGUCAGUACAUAAUAUAACAACACUAAAAUACUGGUCACUACAACAUUUAGCACCGAAAUUUAACUAAAAUCAUUAAAUCAACUAGCAAUUUGACAAAUCUUAACUCAAAUUGCCAAAAAUAUAAUCUUUUACUAUAAUAAAAUGACUGUAAUUUAUUCAGCGUGAAGAAUGUACUAAAAUAAAAAACUAAAUUAAUGAUAGCACAUUUUUUUGUGAUCACAUAAUUUGCUUAUUAAUUUAUUUUUUUAUUUUUUCUGAGUAGUUCUGUAUGGGACUUACUUAUUACAAAUUAUUUUGCUGUAAAAGUGUAUAAUUUAUCAGUAAAAAUGCUAUGUUUUUAUUGAAGUAAGUAUUGAGCAAUAUUAAUAUUCAUAUUUCUUAAAUAAUACAAACAAAAUGUUAAACAAUAACAUCCAAAUUUCCUUUUUUAAAAAACUAAUUCAGCCUACAAACAAAACCAUAAAAUCUUGUCCUUGGCUAUAGUACGGGAGAAAGAGUGCAGUGCGAGUGAGCACACUCAAAAUUUUGUAGCAAAAGUCUUGUCUUCCACUUAACCGUGUUAAUAUUUAACAAAGUACAUGAAAAUUGGUAGUAAAACAAAAUGUACAUUACUAAAUUAACCUAAAUAAAUAAAUUACCAAGAAAAUGAUAACAAACUACAAAUAUAAUACAAACUAAAUAAGCAAAUUAUCAUGAAGCAUAAAAAAUAGUAAAAAUUUAAACAUAUAAGAAGUUUAAAGUGAUUUAAUGCACCCUAUAAGAUAUUUAAAUAAUUAAUAAAUUUACAUUUUUAGAGACUAUUCAUAAAGACUAAAAGAGAAAAAAGUUUAAGAUUCUACCUAAUACUAUGGUAAAACAUGUUUUGUGAUUUAACAUUUCAUAAAGAUAUAAACAAAUAUAUAAACUAUCCUUAAAAUGCCAAUGCAUUUAAUAACCUAAAAACUAAUUACACACACUUUAGUUCAAAAAAUCAUAUGUACCAAACACCAAAGUCUUGUCUGCAAAAUAGUUCCUAACCACACACACACACACACACACACCCCCCCCCCUCUUCUUUUUAAUAUUAUGGCAUUCUGCACAGUAAUGUUUUCCUUAUAUAUUAAGCAUGUUUAAGUUCUCACAUUCAGUAAAAGUCUUGAAUUUUAAAAUGGCAGAUAUUUUAAAAUUUUUAUUAAAUGUCAAGAAUAUUAUAAAUAAUAUAUAACUUAAUAGUUCAGUAAUUUCACUCUAAAUUAUGGUUUUUAUUCAGGAUAAAUACUUUCACAUAAUUAUUCUGUAUUCAAAUAUUAUAGAAAAAAAUUUAAGAUUUCCUUUUCAACAUAAUUAUAAAAACUAUAUAUGACUUAAAACUUUUUUCUACAGCACUGUAUGAUAAAUGUACUUAAGAUUUUUUUGUUGAAUAUUAAUGACUAUUCAUUAGGAAACUGACUUCAAAAUCAGCUAUCCAAGAAUUCUUAGCGAGUUUGUUCCAACAUUUUUUGUUGCUUUGAUGCAGUUCAAAAAAUCUAGGAAUUUUGAGUAGUAAUUUUUCUUGUAACGCUGUACAUAUUUUUUAAUUAAGGGGCGAAUAGUAUGCCUGGGUUCCACCUUAACUGGAAGUCUGCGUAUACCUUGGAUCAUAAUUGAAGUACAUUGAAAGUUUAGUAGGCCUCUGCGAAGCUUGGACUAAGUGAAUCAAUACUAGAUAUUUUUAAUAUUCCGUUUGACUUCGCCAGGAAAUUUGCUAUUCUUUUUAUUUGAAGCAGCUUCACGUCUGAUGUGAAGCUUGACAUUUGUUAGAAAGCUUUAAAAAACAUUCGUAGCGUAUGAAAUUUGUGUGAUAUAUGUUUUGCUAAAUAAAGUUGGUCACUUAAAAAAAUCCAAAGUUUGCAAUCCAUUUGCUUUUAUAAUUUUAAUUGAAUAAUGUUAUACAUAAGGCUGAAUUGGUUAAUCACCUAAUCAGUUAAAGCUUUACAAGUGUUGAACAAUUAUUUUUUUUAAUUGGACUUCAUUUCUAUAUUUUAUCAAAUACAGCUUUGUCAAAAACAAUAUUUGCAAUCUGAUUUGACUUGCAAAUAUUUUAAAUAUUUGAUUUGAUUUUCGCUUCGCAUCAAAAAACUAGUAUUCGCACAGGUCCAAAGCUAAGGUCUCAGUGUAUAUUUUAUAAAAGAUUUUUUUCUAUAUACAUUCCUUUUCUGUAACAAGUGACGAUCGCAUACACUUCAAGUUAAAGGUGCCUUAAUUUGUAUGUUAAAGAAGUUGUUUAUUUAGAGUUGUAAAUAUGGUUUCAGUUUAUGAAGUGAGAAUAUUAUUGUGAAAUGUGGUGUGUUCUGUGCCUUAAAAUCAUUUAAUUUUUAUAUGUGCUAGUAAUUUAAGUUUUUUAUAUCCUCAUUCCACAAGUAUUGUAUUAUGUUCUUCUUUUUCCUUAAGAUAGCUUCGUUUGAAAGUUAAAAAUGUCUGCAAGUGUUACUUCGAGAUAUCGACAGGUGACGAAGGUCACUGAAAAGUAACGAAACUGAAAGACUGGUCAUGAAUAGGGGCAAAAUAUUAUGGUCUUAUUUUAAGUUAAAUUUCAUUUUUUCAGGCAGAUUUCAGUGUUAUUGUUUUUAUUUUUUAACUUUGUCAUUAUUCAUAAAAAUAGUGUAUUAUUCAACAAAUAGGAAACUAAAACAUUUCUUAGACUGGUAUUCAUAGUACUGUCUUGAGCAGCGUCUUGAGACCAUCUUAGCGUCAAGGCAAUGAUUUCAAUAUCCACGUUUCAUAGUCUGUGAACAAGAUGAGCUUCAUGAAAAUUGUGUGCUGAAGCAAGAGCUUUGUUUGACGUAAUUACGGCUUGACAAAGCACUUACUUAAAACAGCCGAAAAGACACGAGCAUACACGAACCUUGCCGAAUGGACUCGCUCAUUAAAAAUUCUGCUUCUUUUCACACAGAGCACUGAAACCCUAGUAAUAUUUUGUGAGUAUAUAUCACUACAUUUUAAGUGUGUUUGUAUGUUUAGGUGAGUAAUUUUUUUUUUGUUUUAAUAUUCGUGAAUCACACCUGGAAAAACAGGUGUUUGCGACCACAAAGAUGCACACCUAGUACAUCUCAACUUGUGUAACUUGAGUUUAAUGAAAGUAAGAACUUGCUAUACUUUUGUUGAACGAUAAGACAUAAUGUAUAUAACGAUUGAAUAGAUUUAAUAUUUUAUUAUCAAAAUAAUACAUUCAAAUAGGUUAAACUGUUUGUUAAAAUAGCUCUGCUACAUUUGUACAAUUAUUUUUGCUAAUACGAUGUAAGAAACAAUUUAACCUAUUUUACCAUAUUAUUAAUGUUUCUAACCUAAACUAAUCAAUCAUUUUCACUAUGUGUAGCUAACCUAACUUACUCAUCAACUUGGUAUUACCAUUUUUCAAGUAUAACUACACUAAACUAGCAUCUCCAGAACUGUUAAUACUGAAUAAAUACUUGUUUAAAUGCAACGUGCCUUUACAAAAUGAUAAAAAAAUAUUUCAGGUAGUGAAAAACUGAAAAACUGCUCUUGGUAAUUUUUUUGUGGAAAUAUCACUUUGCUUCACCUUCAGGAUAAGGUACCGUAAAUAUUAGUUUCGUAAAAAUGUCAUUUUUAACAAUACAGCAAAAACAAUUUUAACAUUAAGUAAGAGAAAUUUAUUUUUAGAAGUUUAACUAUAAGGUUGAACGAACCUGAUAGUGUAGGUUACGUAAGAAUGAUUUUAAAUUUUUUAAAACCUCCAGCAGUAAAAUUUCAUCUCAUUAAAAAUUGUUCAGACAAUUUUUUUAGUGUUUGAGUACUUUUGCACCCCUUGCGGUAAUGAUUGCUCAUAUCAAAAUUUAAUAAUUAAGAAUAGAUAAAUAGUGUGCAGGGUACGGAAGUUAUAUUUUUUUUUCUAUUCCUUGUUGUAAUGGGUGGUCUUAUCAAAAAUUGUUUCAGAAUAAAGUUUUACUUAGUAUUUGAAAAUUUACAAUAAAUUGUAACUUUAAUAGUGAAGGAAAUUAUAAAUUUAUUUUUCUUAUAAGCCUUGCUUUUUUUUUUCUACGCCUUGCAGUUAUAUUUGGUCAUAUUAAAAAUAUAUUAUGAAAAUGAUUUGGUAUUGCCCUAACAAGAUGUAACAACUUUAUCAGAUGCAAUAUAUAUAAAUAUAAUUUUUUUUGUAAGGGAGUUUGUAAACAUGGUCCUGUCCAUUGAAUCAAAUGUGAAAUUUACAAAAAUUUCAGACAUAUAUUCUAAAAAUAUGUAACCUAUGAUUAAUUUUUGAUAUUUUACUUACUGCACGUCACUUGCAAAAAAAAUAACUAAGUUAUCUUAGUAUUAAAAAAAAGUAGUAUUAGGCUUAAGGAGAUUAAUUCUGAAACUCUAGUUACAUCACAUUAAAAGGAUACGAUGAAAUUGGGUUUUGCUUUAAUGUAGUUUGUUUAUGAUACAGUCAUUAUAUUUUACUAAUAAAACAGCACAUAGAUAUAAUUCACAGUAAUAAUAAUUGUGCUAAUUUCAUCGUAAGAGUUCAAAUUGCUUCUGAUUAACCUUUUUUAAGUAUUUUAAUUGAUUUUUAACUUAUAAUCGUACUUUGAGAAAUUGUAGCUAACAAAUAUUUUACCAAGCGCAAUAAAGAAACACGCAUUGUUUAAGAAUGUAUAAGUUCCUGUAAUAAACUUAAAUCGUAAGUGAAAGUACACCAUCUCGUAUUUUCAUUUAGGCUAACAGGUGCGUAGUUAUGUUCCUAUAAAAUGUUUGUUUAUUUAUCAAUAAUAUUAGACUUUCAUUUCCUUACAUAAUGGGUUAAUUUUUCUUGUUCAUGUUUAUAUUGAUCCAGUAAUUUAAUCUUACUAUAAAUAAAACAUAUGUUCCACAAAGCCUACAAUGUAUGAAAUAACCAAACCAAUAGACUUAGCUGUAUAGUUAAAUAUAUUAUAACAAUUAGAUAAACAAAACUAUUAGCAAUACAAUUUUUUUAAAGCUAUAUUUGUAUUCAAUAAACUGUAACUAAAAAAAAAUUUUAUUCACUGACAAGAUUUGAACCACGGCUAUAGUUUUACUUUUACUUCUUUUUCAGAAAUCAAACUUUAACCAUUAAACUACCUACCGUACUUAUUUAUCAUCAAUAGUGUAAUGCCACAGUUUUUUUAUUAUUUUUAAUGGAUUCUGGGCAUCACACAAGUAGAUUUAAUUUUUCUGAUGGUGAUACGAACAUUAUCAACCAUUAUUAAACUCAUUGUCUUCCACAUCCAUUGUACUCUUUCUGUAUUCAAUAUGUAAAUAAACGUGUCUGUUUAGCUCUUGAAAAUAUACCCACUGGUCACAGAGACCAAACUCCUUUAAAACACAUAUCAAAUUUGCUUCAGCACUUCAUACAGGAUUCAUAUGUUUAAAAAUACGAGGUUCACGAGAAUCAGCCAUUUUCUACACUGAGAUCUAAACAAGCAAUUACUUGAGUCAUGAUUGUAUGCAGUGGUCUUGGUAAAGACGGUCUUAUUCGUGUUCUUAAGCAAGGUCUCUGUGACUAUGAAACAUGCUUAUGUGAUGGUGUUCUCAAGCAACGACUAUGAUACAGGGAAUGCCCUCUCAGAAAUAAGAAAUGUUCAUCCAGGCUGUCUUGUUUGCGAUCACUUGAGACAAUCUCAAGCAACGUCUAUGGCACCCAAAUAUUUAAAUAAGAAUGUAUUUAAGAAUUUCUUGAUGAAGGAAUUGCUCAAGACAUAAAUAUGAAUACCACCCCUAGUACUUAUUUUACCAAAAUAAUCUCAUUUUGACCUACUCAGUCAUAAUGCACUUAUACAAUAAAUCAUUAGUAAUAACAAACAAUAAGCAAGUCUAGAACAGAACUAACCACUCAGAAAAAAAUAUCUGCAAAUUUUUGUUUGUUUGAAAAAUGUGAUGUCAUUAACGUAAAAAAACAUGUUACUAAUAAAGAUCAACAUAAUAUUGAUUUUUACUAAUUUGUUUAGUUCAUACAUUUUGGUAUAAAAUUAUAGCAGAAUAAAUUACAUUGAAUGAAUUUACCAUAGUAAAAUAUAUAAUCCUUUUGGUUUAAGGUUUUUUUUUUUUUUUUUUUUUCAAAAUUUCUGGUUUGUUUUCAUAUUUUUAGAUACUUUUCAGUGCUAAAUGUUUUAUUAACUUGUAUUUAAGUGUUCACAUGGUGUAUUGAUAUGCUUUGUGGUGUUAUUUCAGUUUUAUCACAAUUUCACCAUAUAAUCUUGUCCCUAGUCACGAAAUAGUUUCAGUAUGGAAGUCACAAAACUUUUUCCAGCGUAUUGUUUUUUUACCCCUUUAUUCAGCUUAUAGUCACUCAUAAAAUAUGAAUAGUAGGAGAUUGUCAACUUAAAUCAUGUGGAAAUUAUCUCUGGGAAGGUUUUAGCAUGAUAAGAUAAAACUCAACGUGUUCCUGGGAAUUGUAGAUGUAUUUUGUAUGAUGUUUAAUUUUGCUUAUUAUACAUUUUAAAAAUGUCCCAGUGUUUAAACAAUUUUGUAAGAUUUUUUUUAAGGUCGUGAUACUUCAAAUUGGUUCACCAGGUAUUUGUAGACUACCUGUAUUUAAUUUCUUAAAUUUUACUUUUCUUUUAUUGUAAAUCUUGCAGAUUGUAACACCAAGAAAUAACUAGUAUGUAUUUUUUAUGUAUUUCAGUAUUUCUUUUCUUUAGCAUGUAUGAUUGAAGAAAGACAUCACUAUACUUGUAGACUGGAUUUAGAUGUAGCUAAUCUGAUGGCUGGAUGUUUUAUAAACUUUGAAAACCUGAAUAAUACAAAAAAAAAUUAAGUUUUUAUUUUAGUAUUUAUUGAUGAAACAGGAGACUGCCUGAUCAUAAAAAUAAUAAUCAAAUGUUAGAGCCCCACAGAGAAGUUCUACUUUUUAAACAAAAUUUUUAAACAAGUUCUUUUUAUGCUUUUUUUCUUUAAUUUUCACUAUUUUAGAAAUAGGAUAGUUUAACAUUCACAUUUUCUUGUGCAUAGCAGUAGUUUUACUAUCAGUACUAAACAUGAAGGUUCUUUGAAUUUUUAAAAGAAAAAAUUAUAUUAUUUGUUAACAAUAAUAGAUAUCCAGAAAUUUUGCAGGUUAAGUUACUCAUAGGUUAGGCUUCACAGUCUUAUAUGUUGCAUGUGCCACAUUCCUUCCAGUAUUGGGGGUUUAUUACUUGUCCAAAUUAUUUCAUGGAGGGUAAAAUUAAAUUAGUCAUCUAGCCUUGACAUGUAUCGGUAAAAUUUCCUUGGUCUCUGAUUUUGGGUUAACAUUAACUUGUGAAUCUUUAAUCCAACAGUGUUACAGUAAAGGCUCUUUGAUCCGGAUUAGCGAUUUCGCUGAAUUAAACUUAAAUAUGGUUUUAACAGGGAUAAUAAAGUAAAAUUAGUUUAUGGUACAAUGAUAUUUAAAAAAAAGUUUUAAUAGGCUGCUCUAUGCAUGAAAAAAAUACACAUGAGUUAUACUGUUUGAAAACUAUCUGAUACAACAUUUUGUUCGUGAUACAAAUCUCUUCUUCAAAAACAUAAUUAUGGAUUAUGUAUAAAUUAUGUACAGAGUUAAAGCUGGCUUUCGAGGUCAACAAGGGCCCAAAUCCGCCUUAAAAUCCAAAUGUGAACGGCUUGAUUGGUGCCUGAUUGCCAAAUGUGAUGAUUGGAAGUACAAUAGAGGCCUGCAUAACCCAGAUUAGAUGACACCGGCUACUGUCCAAGUCAACAAAAUUGAACUAAACAAAAAUUGUGUUAAAUUCACCUAAUACAAGUUUUAGAUGGGCAAAAGUAUAAAAAUCAAUUUCCCCCCCCCCCCCCUUUCCAUAAAUACAACUUGUCGUACAGCGUAAUUUUAGUUUUAAUACUACUGUAUACAUAGACUUAAAAUUUAACUUACAAUUAUUUAUAAUAUUUUUUUUUUCCUUUCAAAAAGCUUAUCUUGAUGAACCUAAUGUCUGAAUCAGCGGGACUUAACUCUGUGUAUGAUAAAGAGCGCUAACUUGUAUUAGACUUCUAUAAGGUUAAUAAAAAUCUCAUACAGUAGUUAAUAUUGCGUGAAGAGGAGAGCCUGUGUGACAUUUAUUUUAACCCUGAAGUGUUGGUGUCUUGUUGCACCGUGAGUUCCGUUUCGUGGUACAGUAGAUGGCCUUUUAAACAGCACAUUUGGGACUGCGGCCAUUUUGGGUUAGCAAACAUCGAUACAGUUUUAGACGGGAAUGCGAAACGUGAAAUGUAACCCACUUGAAAACCAACAGUAACAAUAAAAACUGCAUGGGCGUCGCAACCGGGGGGGGAGGGGGGGGACACGUCCCCCCCAAUAAUAAAAGUCUUCAAUUUUGUCCCCUCCAAUAAUAUAUUUAGUUUCGUAGAUUAAAAAUAUGAUUUCUGUGAUACAACCCAUAUGUUGCGCAUGGUGCAUUUAGUCCAAUUGUGGUAGUGUGAGCACUUUUUAAUUCGAUCUUCGUGUAAAAUCAAAAUCAGGUCCGAUACCCAAUACAGAUAUAUUAACUGUGUUUUUACAAAUUUGUUCUCUGAAAAUAUUUUUUUAUAAAAAAUAAAUUAUAUAUUGCAACCAACUAUAAUUAGAAUAUUUAGGAAAUAAAAAUGCCUAAAAACCACCUUUUUGCACCUUCAAACCCCAAAUUUUCCCGGGGGAGGACCCCCGGGCCCCCCGCUUUUUUUUUUUUUUUUUCACUGUGUUACGUUAUUACUUUUGCAUAUUUUGCAUGUUGUUGCACAUAAGUUGUAAGGUCGUGUCUCAAUUCUAAUGCGUGAUCUCUCACACUCUUCCUUCCGCACUCUAACUCUCUCGAACAAACUGAGAUUGUUGGCUGUACCUUCUAAAAACCACAUGCAUAAAAACACCCUAUUUGCUAUAAUUUCAACUGGAUGAACACAUCAACUACCUUUCAAUAUAUUCCUCUGUCCAUAGAAUUAAACCUCAAAACACAAUAAUAACACCCCACGAUACCAAUCUUAAACAUUAUGCAUUUACUCGUGAUUUUCACGUUACACGCUCACUAAAAAUACUAUCACCACAAAUUUUUAAUUUCACUCAGCUCCCAUCUUCAACAUGGCUAGUGUAUAUUUACUUUAAAAACAGAAAACAUUUUUAUUCUUUCUUCAAGUUAUAACCUUUGAAAAAAUAUAUAUUGUUUAAAUUUUUUUAAUUAUAUUUAUUUGUUAAAUAAUUUUUACAACAACUUUAACCUUGUUAUAACCAAAAAGUAGUUUACCUUCAAAAACCAAGAUGGCUUCCAAAAAAAAAGAGAGUUAUAGUGCAGUGAGUGAAUUCUUUCGCUCACUCUUCCUUUCGCCAUCUUUCCUUCAUGUUGUGACAGUUAGCCCACUGUGUCAUCAAGAGGGAUUGUUCUAACUCUUCUUUUUCAUUUAGAAGGUGAUCUUUGUAAUUGAAAUGUCACAUUAACAUUAGUAUUUAAGUUCAUCUAUUGGUUCAAUCCCUUCUACUGCUCUACUCGGCAGUUUUGUCUCAUUACGGCAUAGUACAAGGUUUUAGUUUUACCUUUGUGCUAGAUUAUGCAACUUAAGUGUUAUAAAUUUAAUUUUUUAAGGUUCUAGAAUGAGAUGUUAUUAUUAAUUAACUGAGUGGUAAUGCAAUUGUACAUAUGCACAUAGUAAUGAUCCUAUCUGUGAUAAUAAAAUUAUAGUUUUUGAUCUAGUCUUAAUUUGAUGCACAAUGUUUUAUAAUGAAGAUAUGUUAAUCUAUCAAAUGCUAAAAAAAAAUUCUCAAUUAAAAAAAAUAGUAUUAACAUUAUUAUCUUGUUAUUUAUGUAAUGAAAAUACGGUAAUUGCCAUUUAUUAUAAAAUUAAUAUGUAUGAAAAUGUUAAACAAACAUUUUUUUAUCCUGUUUUCAUCUUAACAUAAUAAUUGUGUAUGUUUUAUUGGUGGCACUACACAUUUGUAUGCCAUUAAUUUUAAUUGGUUGGAAUUUUUCAUGGUCAAUAAAAGAGUUAAACUGUC